UGCGGGCACUGAGGCGGCCGAGGGGCGGUGAGAGCGGCGGUGGCUUCCGCGUCGUGCGGGGGGCGGCGGGCGGCGCGCGGUACCGCACGGGCGGCACCGGCACCGGCGGCGUCUGAGAGGCGGCGGUCGUUGUCCGGCGCGCAGGGAAUGCGCCUGUGAGGGCGGAGGAGGAGCGGGUGCGGGUGAAGCCCGGGCGGAGCGGAGCGAUGUCCCAGCCCCAGCAGCCGCCGCCGCCGUCCCCUCAGCAGCAGCCGCAGCCGCCGCCUCCGUCCGCCUCCAAGAAGCGAGACCGGCGCAUCUUCUCGGGCACCUGCCCCGAUCCCAAAUGCCAGGCGCGACUGUUCUUCCCGGCGCACGGGCCGCAGGGCAGCGGCAGCAUCGAGUGCACGGACUGCGGGCGGCGCCACGAGCAGCGGCAGCUGCUGGCCGUGGAGGAGGUGACGGACCCCGACCUGGUGCUGCACAACCUGCUGCGGAAUGCGCUGCUGGGCGUCAGCGGCGCCGGCCCGCCCCGCAGGAACACUGAGCUCGUCAAAGUCAAUGGCCUGUCCAACUACCAUUGCAAGCUCCUGGCCCCCAUCCUGGCCCGCUAUGGGAUGGACAAGCAGACUGGGAAAGCCAAGCUCCUCACGGAGAUGAACCAGGGAGACAUCUUUGACUGCUCUCUCCUGGGUGACCGCGCCUUCCUCAUUGAGCCAGAGCAUGUCGAAACCAUGGGUUACGGGAAGGACCGCUCCGGCAGCCUUAUCUACCUGCACGACACCCUGGAGGACAUCAAGAAAGCAAAUAACAGUCAAGAGUGCCUCAUUCCUGUCCACGUGGAUGGAGAUGGCCACUGCCUUGUCCAUGCAGUCUCACGAGCGCUUGUUGGCAGGGAACUGUUCUGGCAUGCUCUCCGAGAGAAUCUAAAGAAGCAUUUUGAGGAGAAUCUAAGCCACUACAAGGCACUUUUCCAUGACUUUAUUGAUGCUGUAGAGUGGGAGGACAUUAUCAAUGAAUGUGACCCUUUGUUUGUUCCUCCAGAAGGUGUGCCAAUGGGCCUUAGGAAUAUUCACAUCUUUGGUCUGGCCAACGUGCUUCACCGGCCUAUCAUCCUGUUAGACUCCUUGAGUGGAAUGCGAAGCUCUGGAGAUUAUUCAGCAACAUUCCUCCCUGGUCUCAUACCUCUGGAAAAAUGCAUGGGGAAAGAUGGCAUGUUGAACAAGCCAAUCUGUAUUGCGUGGAGUAGCUCAGGACGUAACCAUUAUAUUCCUCUGGUUGGAAUAAAAGGUGCUUCUUUACCUAAGCUGCCUAGGAAGCUACUUCCUAAAGCCUGGGGAGUUCCUCAAGACCUCAUCAAAAAGUACAUCAUGUUAGAGGAGGAUGGUGGUUGUAUAAUUGGAGGAGACAGAAGUUUGCAGGAUAAGUACUUGAUGAGGCUUGUUGCUGCAAUGGAGGAGGUUUUCAUGAGUAAACACGGUAUCCACCCCAGUCUUGUAGCUGAUGUGCAUCAAUAUUUCUACAGAAGGACUGGUGUAAUAGGGGUCCAGCCCGAAGAGGUCACUGCAGCUGCCAAAAAAGCAGUGAUGGACAACCGUCUUCACAGGUGUCUCAUCUGUGGGGCUCUUUCAGAGCAUCAUGUUCCCCCAGAGUGGCUGGCUCCUGGAGGGAAGCUGUACAAUCUGGCAAAAAGUACUCACGGCCAGCUAAGGCCUGACAAAAAUUACAGUUUCCCCCUGAACAGUUUGGUGUGUUCUUACAAUCCUGUGAAGGAUGUGCUGGUACCAGACUAUGGCCUGAGUAAUUUAACUGUUUGUAACUGGUGCCACGGUAACUUAAUGCGUCGUGUCAGAGAAGAUGGGUCUGUUUUAUAUAUUGAUGGAGACAGAACUAAUACUAGGUCUUCAGGUGGCAAAUGUGGCUGUGGAUUCAAGCAUUACUGGGAAGGUAAAGAAUAUGACAAUCUGCCUGAAGCUUUUCCUAUAACUCUAGAGUGGGGUGGAAGAGUGGUGAGAGAGACUGUCUACUGGUUCCAGUAUGAAAGUGACACCUCUUUGAACAGCAACGUGUAUGAUGUCGCCAUGAAACUUGUUACCAAGCACUUCCCCGGUGAAUUUGGUAGUGAGAUUCUUGUGCAGAAAGUUGUCAACACAAUACUGCACCAAACAGCCAAAAGGAACCCUGAUGAUUAUACCCCUGUAAAUAUCGAUGGUGCUCAUGCCCAAAGAGCUGAUGAUGUACAGCAAGGACAAGAGUUAGAGUCCCAACUUCCAACCAAAAUAAUUUUGACUGGACAGAAGACUAAAACUUUGCACAAGGAGGAGCUGAAUAUGAGCAAAGCUGAAAGAACUAUUCAGCAGAACAUUGCGGACCAGGCUUCCGUAAUGCAGAAACGGAAAAGUGAAAAAUUGAAACAAGAGCAUAAAGGGCAGCCCAGGACUGCUUCUCCUGGGGCUGUUCGUGAGGGGCCCUCGUCCGCACCUGCUACGCCAACUAAAACCCCGUAUUCUCCAACAUCUGCAAAAGAAAAGAAAAUUCGAAUAACCACCAAUGACGGGAGGCAGUCAAUGCUUACCUUGAAGUGCACUACCACCUUCUUGGAACUCCAGGAAGGCAUAGCAAAAGAAUUUAAUAUUCCUCCGUAUUUGCAAUGUAUUCGCUACGGCUUUCCUCCAAAAGAGCUUCUGCCUCCCAAAGAAGGCAUGGAAAACGAGCCUGUUCCUUUGCAACACGGUGACAGGAUUGCCAUAGAAAUCCUGAAGGGCAAGGAGGAAGGCAGGCAGGCUGCCUCAGCACACUCAGCCCAUGCUGUGAAGCAUGAAGAUGUUGCUGUGACCAGUAAAAUCUCCUCGAAGGAUCUGCAAGAGCAAGUCGACAAGGAGAUGUAUUCACUCUGUCUUCUGGCAACGCUCAUGGGAGAAGAUGUUUGGUCUUAUGCAAAGGGGCUUCCUCAGUUGUUUCAGCAGGGUGGAGUAUUCUACAGCAUAAUGAAGAAAACAACAGGUUUGGCUGAUGGCAAGCACUGCACUUUUCCACAUCUACCUGGUAAAAACUUUGUGUACAAUGCAGCAGAAGACAGAUUAGAGCUGUGUGUGGAUGCUGCUGGGCACUUCCCAAUCGGUCCUGACGUUGAAGAGCUGGUAAAAGAGGCCUUAAGUCAAGUGCGAGCAGAAGCUACUUCAAGAAGCAGAGAAGCAAGUCCUUCACAUGGAAUGCUGAAGUUGGGAAGUGGUGGAGUAGUGAAAAAGAAAUCUGAACAACUACAUAACAUAACUGCAUUUCAAGGAAAGGGUCAUUCCCUAGGAACUGCAUCUAGUAGUCAACAACAUGAGCAAAGAGCCAGGGAAACACCACUUUUAAGAAAGCAUAGCACAGAAACAGACUUCAGUCCUUCUGCUAAAAUUGAGCCUUCUGUAUUCACAGCUGCUUCUGGUAACAGUGAGCUUAUUCGAAUUGCUCCGGGAGUUGUGACAAUGAGAGACAGCAGGCAGCUUGACCCCACUUUGAUUGAGGCACAGAGAAAAAAGUUGCAGGAAAUGGUCUCUUCUAUUCAGGCUUCAAUGGAUAGACAUUUGCGGGAUCAGAAUACAGAGCAGUCAGCAUCAGUUGAUGUAUCGCAAAGAAAAGUAGAGGCAGUGAGUUCAACUGCUAAAACUGGGAGCUUUCAGGCUGCCUUACCCGAAUCAUUCUCUGCACCAGGUGGUACUGAACACUUGAAUACUGAAUCAACUGAUGGUAACAUGGUGAAUUCUGUGGGAACAACAUUCCCUGCAAGGUCUAAAGCACAAAAGGGAAAUUCUGUUGAGGAGCUUGAGGAGAUGGAUAGUCAAGAUGCAGGAAUCACUAAUGCAACUGAGCCAAUGGAUCACUCUUGAUAGGUUAAAAUCUAAUAAGGGUAGAAAAAAUUACUGUUCAAAUGUAAUGUUUAUUGGCUGGGCCACACAAAGUGAUUAGUUACUAAAUCUUGUAUGUAUGUCAAAAAUUAUAUCAUCUUAUUCAGUGCAUGAUAAGCAUGUGAUUGGCAAUAGCUUUCAAUAUUACCAUACUGCUGCCCAGGCUGGCUCUGUUACCUGUAAAUUAGUUAUUAGGAAAUGCACUGAGAUGAAUAUCUGCUGUACAUGUGGGUUCUUGAAAAUUCUUUGUAAUUUUUAAUUUCUUAAAAGUCUUAAAAUUUAAGCCCAUGCAAGGUUCUUACCAUGCUAGCUUAAGGUUACUGGAAGGGCUAGAACAGGCAAAACUAGAAACAUGGCAAAGUUAAUUCUGUCCCAGGUACUUAAUUCCAAUAAUAAUACACUGUUAUAAUAAAUUAGACAUAAAUUUCAAAAAGUAACUGAAACUAAACUUCUGCUCAAUUUGAUAAUGCAGAAUAUACAGUAUAUUUAAUUACAUUUUGCUGGCACUUCUCCAAUUUAAUAACGUUUUCAUUCAUAUCCUCCUCUCAGAAAUUUUGGAAUAAGUGUAACUUUAGUAAACAGAAGUCUUAGUUCUCCUGUUGUCACUUAUAAAACAAGUUAGAAAAAAGGCCACAUAGCGUAUGAUGAGGAUACACUGAAUGUGGUGUGGUUAUGCAUGGCUGUCUGAGCCAACACAACUAUUUUGGUGCUCUCUUGGUAGCAUGUCUUUAUUUCCUCCCAAAUACCAAACUGGUCAGGUGGUUGCUCAACUUUUGAGACAAUUACAGGAGAGAAGUUGGCAAUUUCAAGUAAGAGCAAAUGUUCAAUGCCAAAUACAUUUCUUUUAGAAGAAUUAGAUUGCUAGCUUUGGUUAGAAAUGGCAAAAAUGAAAUAACAGCUGUCCUCUUAAGAGCAAAUUAACAAUUUAUUGGAAGGAAAUGACUCUCUAACACACAUUAUCCUAAAGUGUUUGGUGAUAAUUGAGCUUUUAGAAGCUCGCUGUUUACUCUGUGGAAACAAGGAAUACAGGCUGUUUCAGUGUCUAUAAAGACUACCCACCUCUCUCAGCCUCACUUCAGGUUGUGAUGCAGAUUUCCUUGCAUCAGUGAUAAUAGAGCUGAUAUCCACUUAAGUAGUGUGUUCAUCAGACCUGUAAUGCUAGUUUUCAAGAAGCAGCCAUUGUGCUUGCUCUCUAAGGAUGGAAUGUGUUUCUGAUACUGCACUUUGCUUCCUAUCUUCAUAGUCAUUUAAAUGCACUAUUGUUGCUUCUUCUCAUGGUAAAAUAACAUUGAAUGGAUGAAAAGAUGUUAAUACAGCUUCAAAGGAAUUAAGAACAUUUAAAUACUGAAGUCUGUGUUUGUGCACAUGUAGGUUUUUACCAGUUCACAAAUGUGGUUUGUGUUGUAUAUGUUUGUAUUCAGAAAAGUCUCCUCACAUUUUACAUUUCUAAUCACUUAAACAGUUCUAAGUGUGUUAGUAUGAUAAAAUGUCCCAUGAGGAAGGAUUUAUUUUUGUAUGUAGGACUGAAAUGAAGCGAGUCACUUAAAGAAUAGCCCUUCUCUUUUGUCAAAGUAAAUUAAAAUGCCUCUGUUGGUUAACUUUUUAUGUAGAUGGUACAAAUAUUUUAAGAUUUUGUACACUACUUAGAGGUUAAAUAUAAAUAUCACAUUUUCACAAAUAAAUGAAAAAUGUUAAGAUCUCAAAUUGCUGUCUGGUAAGUUAGCAGUUUGGAAACUUGGAAUGUAUGAAGUAAUUGGCUUGCCAGAACUGACCUUGCUGAUGCACUGAUUAACUGGCAGGGCUUAUUCAAUGAGAAACAGGAUGCACAUGCAGCACCUGGAAGCCUGCCAUGACUUCUGAAAACAUUUAGUCUCCCGUGAAUCAAUCUAGCUCGCUGAAGGCUACAUCUAUAUAGAAAAUGUUGAGUAGAGGCUUGUGCUUUAUCACAAUGUUAGAAACGUAUAGCAGUGACUUAUUCCUGGGAAAGAAUUUCAAUUGGGAGAGGCUGAGCUGGAGGAAUCUCCUGGAUCUCUUGUAUUUUAAACCAGGUAACAAAUGCUUUGACAGUUUUAACCUUUUCUUUAGGAAAAAAAAGUCUUCCUUGGCUGGAAAAAUAAUGAGUGAGCAGUGUAUAUGAGAGAAUUUCAAGUUUGAAAUAAAUUGAAAUAUUUAUUGCACAUCAUUCUUAUUUCAAGGAAAAAUGCUUGCGUCUUUCAUGCCUUUCUGGUAAAACUGCAGAAGUUCAUGUGCCUUUUACUGUGUAAAGAGGAAGGCUUGGUUUAGUUUUGACACACUUCCCAUUUCAGCAGUAAUUUGACAUUUUGCUUCUUAUCUAAAUAGACAUAGAAACAGAUAAUAGCUCUGUUUGACUCACCAUUAGUGUCAUCUUGGGCCCACUCAAGUCGUGUAGAUCAGAAACCUCCAGUUCCUAAAAGAAGAUGGUCUCACAGGACUGGUAAAAUGGUGUCAAUCACAAGAUCCACUGGUGUGAAUUCUGGAAGGCAGGAUGGUGCAUAUUUCUUUGCAGUGUUCUUAUCUCACGUAGCUUUUUCAUGCAUUCAAUAUCAGUAGUUUUGAGAAAGAUAGAUUGCUUUUGAUACACUCAAGUGAAGCUAAACUUCAUCUAUGUGCCAGUGAGAUGUGUGACUGUGCAGAAGAAGUGAAAUAAAGAACACUGAAGUGUAAGUUGGAACAGAUGUUUCAUUUGGUUGCUGGUGCUGGGUGCAAAUACAAGUUGACACAAAUCUGUGUGCCUAAGGAGCACCAGUGUGCUUGUUAGAAUUCCCUGUUAGAGUCAGGAAAAUGCUGGUGGGGUACAAGAGCAGGGAAGACUUUGGCUCAUUGUGGAUGAGAAGAUAUGUCAGUAGGACUUCUCAAAUAUCAAGAGUGGUGCCCUGUUCUUGAAAAGUAAAGGCAACCAACCCAUAUUCUUGCUACCAAAUUGCCUGUGGAAAGAGGUUGUGGUUUUGAGUACCCACCUUGAUUACUUUCUUGUCUGAAGGCCAAAGACACUGCAUCUCAUGGCAAAGAAGACACAUUAUUAGAAAACCCUGAAUGUUAUGGCUUAGUAUGUAUAACCCAAAGAAAAGAUGAUUACUAGAAAUACAGACCUAGUAUAAAAAUAUAAAGGGGAAUGAACUAGAUUGCUGAUGAGCAUAUGGGAAGCCUUGGGAGAACAGACCAGUUUUCCAGGAAAUGCAAGACUUUCACUACAAAUGGCUGUCUGCUUAGUAAGAUUGACUUUUUGAUAGCACUGUUUCUCUCUGAAUUGUUUGCAUUUCAGAGAGGGAAAAGAAAUAGCAGAUUUUCAAAUGAAAUCAAACGUAUUUGGGUUGUCUUCCUUGUUGUAGUCACAAACAGCUGUGUGCAUUGUUUGCUUUGUGAAUCCCAUAUAGUUUACUAGUCUUGUGCUGGCUACAAAAUACAUGCUAGACGUUGCCUCUGACAGAGUGCUCUAGCAGUGUCACAGGGGCACAGUGCCACAGGGCUGUGUGGUAACAGCCCUGCAAGGCCAAAAUACUUGAUUUACAAUCUUUCAUAAAAUAGAAUCUGUUUUCACUGUCAUGGAGUUAGUGGAGUUGCUUGCUACUUUUUCAAUGCGCUAAAAAUGCCAGGAAACAAAAUUCUUGGUAUGUUUACAGUUGGGAGAGUGAUGCUCAAUCUGAGUUGUAUGGAAAAUGAAUGAUAUAAGAAGAUGCCACUGUUAAUCUCUAUAUUCGUUUGGCUCCUAUUUUUAAAUACCAGAAUCUACAUGCUUUUGUAAAAUAAUAAUAAUAUGAAUAUUAAGUUAAUCCUUCUGUUAAAAAAAGCCACAACAGAGAGUGGUUUCUUUGUUUUGCUUGUGGAUAUCAGUUUAGCUUCAUGAAGAAGUUGCUUAAGAUCUUUAGAAUGCAGGAUUCCCUCUGAGCCCUUAUGCCUGUGGUUGAGCAAUAAAAGGUUGACACAAGAGUGGUAUUUUCAGAGUUAUUUUAUGUUUGAUGAGGAUUAUUGCCAAGAAAUGAAAGAGUGCACUUUUAGGAGGGAAUGCUAUUUAAAAUGUAUAAAUAGGAAUUAAAAUAGUGUAUAUAUUUAGAAAAAAAUCUUUUUAAAAAGUAAGUGCUUUACAUGUUGAAUUAAAAACAAAUUAGCAUAGAAACUAUACCAUCUCCACAGUACUGGCUGUUAUCCAGCAAGGUUUGGUUUGUUUUAUUUGUGAUUGCUGUACUAAUUAUAUUUGAUUUUUUUUAUCUGUAAUGUAACAAUAGUGUAUUAUAACAGUAUAUAGUGUACUAUACUACACUUCACUGUACAGUAUUUGGAAUUUUCUUUGAUUGCUAUAUUAAAACUAUAAGUUAAAACAUCUGCUUUGGUUUUAUAAGGUGUAAUUUUUAUCUAGCUUUUCACACAUUUGCUUGUUUAAUUAAUGUUGAUUUGCCUACAAAAUGAGUCAGUUGAAAAUAUAUUAUUUUCUGCAUUUUGCAUAUAAAUUACAUUAUACUUGCAUAUAUGAAUACUAGUACAGAAGUUGAAAAUCUGAUACAAUUCUUAGAAAAGUAAAAUCUGAUGUUAUCCAUUUUCCUGUAGGAAUCGUUCUUUUUAAAAAAAUUUUUUUGAAAAGAAAAGCUCUUUAAGGAAAAAGUUGGUUUUUUUGACUUCAUGCCUAUUCUAAAUAUUUCAUUGAACAUAUAGGACCUUUGAAUUUGAGAGAUUUCUAAAUCAUAUAUAUUUGAGACCAAAAUUCAAGACCUGAAUCUUCGAAGUUGUCACAAAGAUGUAGAAAAAUGCUGACCAAGUCAGCAUUUAAGAUACCUUGCAAUCUGUGAUUUGAAACAUUGGUCAAAAUGUAUUUCAAAGCAAAAUUUUAGUGCAUGCAUGUAAUAUUCAAGUAUGAAUAGUACAAUUUGGAAGAACUAGGCUUUUGAAAAUUUGGCAAUACUCAAAGAUGAACAUAUUGACAACUAUUUAAAUUAUCUCUAUGCUUUUCCCACCAGCUACAUGUGGUACUUUGUUUCACAAAUUGGCUUUAAUCAAAACUUCUGAGCCUAGAAACAAGCCAUAAAACCCAUCUGCAAAACUCUUGUGUUACUUCUUCCUGUAUUUACUGAAAGGCUUUAAUUCCAAGUGUGCUAGCAUUAAAGCAUUCUUUAAAAUGAUGGGUGUAAAUACACAGUGUUAGUUUUGAUUGCAUGUCAUAUCAGGAAGAAUUGAAAAUUAUCCUUCAGAAGAUUUGUAUUUCAAAAGCUUAAAUGCUUAAUGCUAAGCUAGAAACUUGCUCAUCUUUAUUAGCACAGUGCUUAUAAUCUGAGCCAAAACCAGUACUGAAUGUAUGAAGCAACAAAGUUAAGUGUGCUUUCAAAGCAUUUUCAUUUUACUUCUGCAAUUAAUUGUACAGUGUUUAUAUCUGUAUAAAUUUUUAUUUUGGAUUGGA